AUGGUAGAAAAGGCUAUGAGUCCUCACGAAGGUGAGCGAAGGUACAAAAAUCGACCUCGAUUCAAAAAGGUUGGAGCAGCGAAAAAAUCUAAGAAGGAAGAUGAAAUGAAAGAAAUGGAAUCAAUCAUUUCUCGCUGUGGAGAGCUAUCAAAAGCGAAUACCACCAGCUUCAAACGUUUCUCGGAUCUGCCUUUGUCAUCCAAAACGCUCCGUGGUCUCAAAGAAUGCGAUUAUGAGGAACCGACAGACAUUCAAAGAGAGUCUCUACCGUUUUCGCUCAGUGGCUUAGACGUUGUUGGUGCGGCGAAAACGGGAAGCGGAAAAACUCUUGCACUCAUUAUACCGGUGUUGGAAUCUCUCUGGAGGUCGGGUUGGUCUAACUACUGUGGUCUGGGCGCAUUAAUAAUUUCUCCUACCAGAGAGCUUGCCCUUCAAACGUUUACUGUCAUAAAUCAUGUUGGAAAGUAUCACGACUUUUCAUGUGCUUUACUCAUUGGAGGAACUGAUGUCGAGUAUGAAAAAAGCCGUCUUGGCAGAGUUAACAUCAUAAUUUGCACUCCUGGGCGAUUACUACAACACAUGGACGAGAACGAGCAACUGCUGUGCGAUGAGCUACAAAUAUUAGUACUUGACGAGGCAGAUCGAAUUCUCGACAUGGGGUUCAGCCAGCAAGUCAAUGCUAUUGUUGCAAACUUGCCUAAAGAACGACAGACUUUGUUAUUCUCCGCCACUCAAACUCGCAACAUCAAAGAUUUGACUCGGGUCUGCACAAAGGAUCCAGUGUUUGUGUCAGCUCAUGAGCGUUGUGCUCAUGUCACUCCCGAUUGUUUGGUACAGUCUUAUAUGGUUUGCGAGGACCAGGAUAAAGUCAACACGAUGUGGUCUUUCAUCAUUAAUAACAAGAAAUCAAAAACGAUCAUAUUCGUUUCCAGCUGCAAACAGGCACGUUUCCUAACUGGAGCAUUUUGUCAUCUUCGCCCUGGGCUACCUGUGAUGGGAUUGUGGGGCACAAUGAACCAGAAGAAGCGUGUCGAUGUGUUUCAAAAGUUCGAGAACAAAGAGGCAGCCGUCAUGAUCGCCACUGAUGUUGCUAGUCGCGGUCUCGAUUUUUCUGACGUCGACUGGGUCGUUCAAGUUGAUUGUCCUGCAUCUGUAGAAGACUAUAUCCAUAGAGUAGGCCGAACAGCUCGAAUGAAUCAGUCUGGACAUGCUGUUCUUUUUUUGACAUCGUCUCAAGAGGAGCCUAUGGUCGCAGCUUUACGUCGAGCUUAUAUUCCUUUGACAAAGCAAAUCGCAGAUCCAAGAGCGUUGGUUGAUAUACGAACGAAGAUGCAAGCAACACUUUCUCAGUUUCCUGAACUGAAUCAGUUCGCACAAAAGAGCCUUGUUGCUUAUCUUCGAAGCAUAUAUAUGAUGCGAAACAAGAAAGUUUUCGACGUCACCACUAUUGAUGCCGCUGCAUUGGCCGCAUCUUACGGUCUCGUCACUGUGCCCAGAGUUCGAUUUUUGAGCAAAAAAGGGAUAACCACUAAGGUACUGAAAAUAGAAUCAUGUCUAUUUGUGUACGAAUGCGGAUAA